CAGUGUCCUCUCAUUCUCAACUCUCUCUCUCUCUCUCUCUCAUCUUUCUCCUCACAUAAUAAUAAUAAUAAAACUAAAACCUUGAUAGUUCAAAGUGCGACAACCUUAUAAAACAUAAACUAAAAAAAAACCCAUUUGUCCAAAUCAACAACAAUAAUGGGGAGAGCACCUUGCUGUGAAAAAGUUGGUCUCAAGAGAGGGCGGUGGACGGCGGAGGAAGAUGAAAUCUUGACCAAGUAUAUUCAAGCUAAUGGGAAAGGAUCAUGGAGAUCUUUGCCAAAGAAUGCAGGAUUACUGAGGUGUGGGAAAAGUUGUAGACUAAGAUGGAUCAAUUAUUUGAAUUCGGAUGUCAAAAGAGGAAAUAUUUCUGAACAAGAAGAACAACUCAUCACUAAGCUGCAUUCUGCUUUGGGAAAUAGAUGGUCAGAAAUCGCGGGUCACUUGCCGGGAAGAACAGACAAUGAAAUAAAGAAUUAUUGGAAUUCACACCUUAGUAGAAGGGUCCAUAACUAUAGAAGGUCCCCCCAAGAUCAAACUAUUUUACCGACCAUCAAUUCUGAUACUCCGGCGCCGGCACCGGCACCGGCCAAGAGAAAAGGCCGUGGCCGAACUAGCAGAGCUGCCAUGAAGAAAAACAAACUUAAUUAUUAUAAUCCCCCGUCCAAAAAUAAGGCAAAUGUUCAACUGCCAUCUACACCGGUGCCGGCACCGGCGCCGGCGCCGGCGACGGAGACGGGUCAGUCUAGUGGUAUAUCAUGGGAGGAGGAAAUCUUGAAUGAUAUUUCACCGUUUGAUCUAGAUGGGUUUAUUAUGGAUGAAGAGAUUGAUCAAACUAAUUUAGGUGGUCGGUCCAUUUGUGAUGGUGACGUGGACUCUAGUAAUAUUUGGCCGGAGAUGACGUCGGACGCCGGAAAAUGGAGCUGGGAUUGGGAUAUGAACUGGGGGGAGUUGGCUUUUGACGGCGGCGAUGGCGGCGGUUGCGGCGGCGGGGAUGAGAGUUUUAGUUGGCCGUGGGUAAAUGAUGAUCAAGAUUAUAAUAAAGGAAAUCAAGAAAAUCAAGAACAAGAGAGAGAAUUGUUUGACUUUGGAAAUCAGAAUUCUGUCGUUGCAUGGUUACUAUCUUGAAUAAUUAUUUUAGUAAAUAUUUUUGUCGGUUAGUGGGAUUAUUAAUAAAAUGAAAUAAAUAUUUUUGUUUUGUUUUUAGAAGGUUU